GGGGCGUCGGCGCCAGCAGAUAAUUGCUAAGUGCAUCGCUAGCACAGUUGGUCCAAGCUGCUGAAAGGUCUGGUCGCAGAGAGACAGGAACGCAGCAUCCUCAACGUGCUCCAUCCCGGCAGCGUCCUCCUGCGCUCGUCCGGGUAGCGAGCCUCUGGACAACAGCUCCUCUGCUUCUCGGAGAAGCCUGAUGAAGUCCUCCGAUAUCGAUCAGGAUUUAUUUACAGACAGUUACUGCAAGGUGUGCAGUGCACAGCUGAUAUCCGAGUCCCAGCGGGUGGCCCAUUAUGAGAGUCGAAAACAUGCAAGCAAAGUCCGUCUAUAUUACAUGCUCCACCCCAGAGAUGGCGGGUGUCCUGCUAAGAGGCUCCGGGCAGAAAAUGGAAGCGACGCUGACAUGGUGGAUAAGAAUAAGUGCUGUACACUCUGUAACAUGUCCUUUACAUCAGCUGUGGUGGCCGACUCACAUUACCAAGGCAAAAUCCACGCCAAAAGGUUAAAACUGUUGCUAGGAGAGAAACCUCCAUUGAAAACCACAGCAACGCCUCUGAGUUCACUUAAGGCCCCUCGGGUGGACACGGCUCCUGUGGUCGCAUCUCCGUAUCAAAGAAGAGACUCAGACAGAUAUUGUGGUCUCUGUGCGGCCUGGUUUAAUAAUCCCCUGAUGGCCCAGCAGCAUUACGAUGGCAAGAAACACAAAAAGAACGCAGCACGGGUCGCCUUGCUAGAGCAGCUCGGAACGUCCCUGGAUCUGGGGGAACUAAGAGGUCUGAGGCGCACUUACAGAUGUACAACCUGCAGUGUGUCACUCAACUCAAUAGAACAGUAUCACGCACACCUGCAAGGAUCGAAACAUCAGACCAACCUGAAGAAUAAGUAGUGAAAGCAUCAAUCAAGAGCUAAGAAGAGAUGCCAGCAUUUCUCUGUGGUAGAGAACUCCUCACCAACCUAAAGAGGAUCCUUUCUUGAGCAAUGAACAUUUCUUACAAGGAUUCACAGAUUAACACGUGACCAAUAUUGAUUUUUGAAAGUAAAUAAGAUUUUUUCUUCUUUUAAUUUAGCAGCAAAUUAUACUUGGAUUUUAAAGAGUCCUUGCCGGAUAACAUGUUUAGCACAAGUUCUAAACUGCAAUCACACAGCAGCUAGUCAGAGCACUAUUCAAACUUACAGAGAGUGGAAAAUUUAAUUUCCAGUUUAUUCUAGAUUUCCUUAGAGUUACCGUGUUUCUGUGAGACCCUUCAUGAUUAUCAUGUAAGUCUCCUAGACCCAUUAGCAAAUAUACUUUUCUCAUCAUUGGGGAACAUGGUUGGUGACAACAGCCGCAGAAACAGAACAAACUGUGGUUUGUGGAAGUUAUACAGAAUACCAGUUGUUCUUCCUUCACACUGACAAGCCAGCCUUGCCUCUAAAUGCCGGGAGCGCAAGAGCAGGAUGGAAACAGAGAGGCAGGAACUUCCCUCUGUAUCACCUUGAUGGAAAACUUCCCAAGAUGAAGCCAACUUCUCCUUGCAAGCUGCCAGAUCAUAGCUUAGGAAAAGAAUUAGUUUGAUUGCAUGAUGAUCCUACUAAGUAAAAACGUCUUCACAGCAUUGACCCUGGUGUAAUGCUUUUCGAAAGGUAUCCAAAGGAUAGUUUGAAACCCCAGAGUGAGAUGGAAGUGGCUGUUAGAAAGUUGGUCUGAAUUGUGGGCUUUAAUUUGGGGCACUGAUGAUUUGCGGGGACAAAAGUGGCUAAAUCCCCAAGAAGCUUCGUUCUUCUGUUUCUCUUUCAUCUUGUGCUGAGCUGGGAUUCAGUGACUUUGAAAAGAAUGCCUCUGGGUGGAGGAUGGACCAGAGAACUGAUGCUCUUUGAAGGGAUCAAGUCUGAGUGCCACUGUAAAAAAA